AUGCGUUUCUCCACCGGUACCGUUUUCUCCGCCCUCGUCGCCUUCGCUGCGGCCUACACCCAGCCCGAUUACACCAAGGGCCCCGAGGGUAACGCUGUCCGCGCUCCCGGUCUGAACGACCAGGUCCCUGAGGGCGCUCCUUACGAGAUCAAGUGGGACACUCUCCUCGGUGACCGUGUCUCUCUGGUCCUUCUCCGUGGCCCCUCCACCAACGUUGUUCCCCUUGAGACCAUCGUUGAGAACAUCCCCAACACUGGUCACUACACCUGGACUCCCGGCUACAACCUGGAGGUUGACACCACCCACUACGGUCUGCUGAUCGUCGUUGAGGGCACCGGUGCCUACCAGUGGUCUUCUCAGUUCGGUAUCGCCAAGGGUAAGGGCUCCGGCUCUACCACCACCACCACUACCGCCGCUGGCUCUGGCUCCGGCUCCGGCUCCACCGUCACUGUCAUCGAGGAUGUGACCACCACCUACUGCCCCGAGAGCGAGACCGCUGCUCCUUCUUCCACUCCCCUCACCAUCACCACCGUCAUUGAGGGUGUCACCACCACCAUCUGCCCUGAGGAGGAGGCCUCUUCCACCCCCACUGGUGUCUCCCCCAUCUCUUACUCCACCCAGGUCUCCAGCGUCGUUGUCACCACCACCGACGGUAGCCGUGUGCCCCACGUCCCCUCCGCCUCCAGCACCCUGAAGAGCACCCCUCUGGCUGUUGUCCCUACCGGCACUGCCUCCGCCACUGCCUCCGCCACCCCCGUCUUCAACGGUGCCGGACGCACCUCCAUCAGCCUCGGUGCUGUCAUGGCUGGUCUCUUCGCCGUUCUGGCCUUCUAA